AUGGCGAUCACCGUGACAUCGCUCCAGACAAUUGUCUCUACAGGUGCCUCGGCAACUCAGACCUCGACCCUCGCAACGACGUUGACCAUCACACCGAACCCGCUGACCACCGCCUUUGAGCCGCCAUCUUACUGCACCCAGAGCUACCUUUCAAACUGUCAGACAGACGCCGUCUCCGGAACGCUGCCAUGCUUUGUCUCCGUCUAUCCUGAGGGGGUGUGCGAUAGCAAUGGCCAGUCCUGUUAUCCUCCAGUCCCCGGCGUCCUGGACAACACGUACCUCUACUCACCGGGUCUGAGCUGUCCGAGUGGAUGGUCGACCGCGUGGAAGGAGGUCCGGACACCAACUGGCGAAGAUGAGGAGACCACAGCGCACUGCUGCCCCACCGGACUCACCGUCACGACAUACGGGAUCUACUCAACAUGGUGCGAGGGAACAGUCACCGCAGGCGAAGAGACCAUGAUCGUCAACGGCCUGUCGCAGUGCCCCUCUUCGACAACUGCCUUCACGUUCGGACCCGACAAAGCCAUCCAGCUAACCUGGGUCGACCGUGAAUCGACGACCCUGUCCGUUUCUGGUGAUGCCGUCUUCACAGUCUCAGCCGAACGUGUCGCUCUUCUCUACCGAUCGUCCGACAUGACAGCCGCCGGGGCCGCAGCUACCGGUGGUAGCGGCUCAUCAAGUUCAAACUCCGGAUCAUCUAGCUCGGGCUCGUCGAACUCGGGAUCGGGCCUGUCGACCGGCGCAGUAGCAGGCAUAGCCAUCGGUGCCGCGGCAGUCGGAAUAUUCGCAGUCUUGGCCUUCUUCUGGUUCUUCCUCCGCCGUCGCAACGGUGCCCACCGCCACGCCCCGAAAAACGUGCCUGGAGACGCGCAGCCUGGACCGGGAGCAGCUCAUUCAGCACCUCACGCCCCGACCGGAGCCGAGCAUGAGCUGAAGGCCACGGAUUCUGUCUCCACCCGCCCUAUACCGGCGAGUCACGCCAAUCCGAAUGCGAUGGAACUCCAUGGCAGCACGCCCAUCGCACAGCCCUGGUCAGGGGCUUCACCGCAGGGUGCUGGAGGGAAUGUGUACUCGCCACAUGGCGGCGAAAUGCCUGGUAUUGGAGAGGUCUCGACUUCUAACGACUAUCAUCAGCUCUCGGGAACUUUUGAAGGAGCGCGUGGCGUUAUGGACAACUCGAGGCAGAACACACCUGUCGACCUUGUAGGCCGUGGUGCGGGAGGGACGGGUUUUCCGCCCGAGAAGGGAAGCGGGUGGUGA